GUAUUAGCCCGAUCUAGUCCAGAAGACAAGAAAUUACUCGUUAAACGCUUCAAGGAGCUUGGAAAAACAUUUGCUGUGAACGGAGACGGCACCAAUGAUGGCCCCGCGCUAAGGACAGCCGAUGUGGGCUUCUCAAUGGGUAUCUACGGAACUGAUGUGGCUGAAGAAGCUUCAUCCAUUAUUCUCAUGGACGAUAACUUUCUUCAUAGUAAGAGCGAUUGA